UUCAAAAUCAACAAUUUCGCCAGCUCCUGUGCCUGCCUGUGGCCAAAGUAGCAAACGUGAAAGUACAGACAGCUAUAUGUGAGGGACUUUUUACACAUUUCAGAGUGUAACUACAAGGUCACUAACUGAAAAUGGAACCUCCUGAUGUGUCUAGUACUGAUAACAACACUAUGUCGACCAGACGGAGGAUCUCUUCGAUCCUGAAAGCUCCACGAACAUCGAUUUCAAUUUCAUCCCCACAGAAGGUCAAAUGUCAGGUUGAAGUUGCAAAGCCGGUGGAGAAAAAGAGGAAUUCAAAACGAGUCAGUUUUGCACCCUCCAAUGAUGUUGUACUGUUUUCAGAAAAAGUAAAAAAUGGCUCCCCUGUCUGCAGUCCUUUACAGGACAUCACAACAUCGACAGCAAAUCUUGAUGAGAGGCUACAAAGUGGUGUCAUAGAGAGUGGAACUGACCUGGUCCCAGGAAUAGAAACGUUGCUGAACGCCCCCCUGUAUGCCUCCCAACAAAGACACAAGAUGAUGUUUAACAACGAUGUCCAAGGCAGUUAUGGGGAGAACACUGUGAUGUUCACUGAGGAUGCUAUUAUGGAUAUGACCCACAGUCACACAAUAUGUAUUGCCAAAAACUGUGAAUCAACUGUAUUUCUUGAAGAUGGUGGUAACAUAGGUACGCCUACCUCUGGAAACAUGGACUUUACAUUCCCAGUGAAGAAAAGGAAUACAGAGAUUUGUGGCUCCACUUCCUCAGCCCAAGACUCUGAAUUUAAAGAUUUUCUUGCAAGUCUCUCUAAGUCAAGUGAUCGCAAGGAAAAGCCUGUGGUAUUGAACACUGCCCCAUUGCAUUCCGACAAAAUUGAGGAAAAAGCUUUUUUUGCCAAACUUAAUGCAAAGCGUUCAAGUAGGGUUAAAGAGAACCAGGCUCCUGUGACGUCAGCAACAAGGAGAAACUUUCCAACGGGUUUAGUUACCCCGCAACAGCAUGUACUCGUGCGUGCAACCACAAUGCAGACUGACAUUGGCCCACCAAGCAUGGACCUAACUGAAAACGUAAUGCUAAAUUCUGGAAAAACCUCAAGGGUUGAUGAACAAGGUUUUACAUCAAGCACUUUCAGACUGUCAUCUUUAAGUACAGAUCCUGAUGACAUGGAAAUGACAAGAAGCCAGACUGUUGCUAUUGAUUCUAAAACCAUUGGGAUGAUUGGCUGUCUAAGAAAUGGAAGGUGUGAAAGUGUGGCUUUGACUCAAGACCCCAACAGAACCCAGAUUUUCUCAAAUGACAACCACGGCAUGGAGUUGACAACACCGCUUAAUCCACCACUCAAGGAGAGCCUAGACUUCCGGACCAAGCAAACUGAAUCACCACGUCGGUGGUUUCCCAAGGAAAACUGGUUGUCUUCUGAUGUGCCCGUCACAGUGGUGCCGAAUCAGACAUUGGGGAGAGUGAGCAGUUAUGGUUAUGACUCGGAUGACAUGGAGUUGACAAGAGGUCAAACCGUUACCAUUGAUCCCAAAACGAUGACACAGAAGCUCUCACAAAGCAAAACCAGCAGAAGUUCAACCGAAGAGGAAAGUGGCAUCUUGUCGGAGGACUGUUGUGGUAUGGACAUGACAGAGGCGCUUACGGGCCAUAUCGUGGCAGGCAGCCACACAGCCACCAAGGAUGCUAUUAAUGUUUAUCUCCCCACACAAGAGAUGAACCAACAAAGUACAACAGAUUGCAGACUUGGGUCGCCUGUCUCAGAUAACAUGGAAAUCACAGAAACCGUUUUUUCCAAGUCUUGCCUGAUAGAAAUGCCCCAACAGAGUAAAAGCAAAUCCAGACUUGACUUCACAGCCCAUGUGCCAGCUUUUAGUCAGUAUAGCAAAUGUACACAUGAGGCCCCCAAUGGCGACAGUAGAUUGCUUCAGGAGCGAGACACGGGUUACAAUGCCUCUGUUGCCGUAUCUGAGCCAGAUGACAUGGAAAUAACGAGAAGUCAGACUGUUGUCAUUGACUCAAAGAGCCUCAAAAUGGUCCAUCCUUUGCAAACAAAGCGGAAAAGCACAUCUUUUUUUCCUUUCAACACACGCAACCAAAUGUCAGAGGAUUGUGGCAUGGAUAUGACUAAACCUUUAACAGUGUCCAUUGAUCAUGUGACAGAGUCUUCUACUGGGAAAAUGAAAGGUCCAGUAAGCAGAUUUGUACAUGAAGCAGAAUGUAGUCCUCAAGACAUGGAAAUUACAAGAAGCCAGACUGUUGUCAUUGACUCAAAGAGCCUCAAAAUGGUCCAUCCUUUGCAAACAAAGCAGAAAAGCACAUCUUUUUUUCCUUUCAACACAGGCAACCAAAUGUCAGAGGAUUGUGGCAUGGAUAUGACUAAACCUUUAACAGUGCCCAUUGAUCAUGUGACAGAGUCUUCUACUGGCAAAAUGACUGGUCCAGUAAGCAGAUUUGUACAUGAAGCAGGAUGUAGUCCUUUUGACAUGGAAAUGACAAGAAGCCAGACUGUGGUUAUUGAAUCAAAAUAUCAACAAAGAGUUGGAACGUCUUCACUUAUAAAUGAAAGAACAGUUGGCGUUUUGGAGUCAAACCUUUCCCAAGAGGACAAUGGUAUGAAAAUGACCCAAGCUUUCGCUGUUCCUACUGUGGAACAUUUCUCCACUUCGAUCCAUGAGAAGGAAAUUAUUUCCAGCCAGUCCACAAACACCGCUGUGGAAGUGUACACCCAUGAUAUUAAAGUAGGGCACAGCUUUGAUCCCCCUCUUUCCUUGUGUUCAAAUGACAUGGAUAUAACUGAAAGCCGACCAGUUUUUGCUGAUUCUGAUGGCAAUCGAUUGAGAGCAAGGAAAAGUUUAUCAUACAACGUCAAAAAGAGUUUGUUGGACAAAGCUACGAUUCCUGCAGAUCAAAGUGCACGUGCGGAUAUGGCACUUCAGGACUGUGCUAUAGGCCUCUGCAGUGAGGCUCCUACAACGUCUGAUUUUGAAGACAUGGAAUUGACAAGGAGCCAGACUGUUGCAAUCGAAGCCAAGCAUGUUGGACACUUUACACUGGAGGAGACAAAAAGAAAUAGAAACCAAGAAUGUCCCCCUGAAAUGAGCUUGCCAACAGUUGGCUUUUCAUGUUCUGCUAACAUAUCAGUAAAGGAUGAUGAAGUGGAAAUGACAAAUACAGUCACAAAGGCUAUUGAACAAACAGAUUCACCAACCAAUGCCAAGGCAACCACAAAGCCAAUGUUUAAUCUCAGUAAAUCUGGAGAAAUCACUGCAAACCUUGCAGAUCUCGAACCAAAGGACAUAACCAACAUGCAUGUUCCUCAACUGAAAGAUGGAGACGAGUAUAACCUGUGCAAGCCAGAAAGCUCACACAUUACCAAAUCAACAUCAACUCAAGAUCUGGAUACUUCCAACAAAAGAAAUAGACGGAGAAGCCUGGCCGAUCUACAGUCAAAACUUCAGCAUAUGAGCCGCAUGAUAAACGAAUCACCUGAAGUGUUGCCAAUGGGAAGUGUCACUGCACCAAUAUCUCAGCUUGUGAGGAGCCAAGAAAACCCCUCUCUGGAGAUAGAAUCCCAGCCAGUUGAUGGCAAUGGGUCACAGAAUCUGGCAUUGACUAUAGACAAAGAAGAGAGCACUAACUCGGAGGACCAUCAUUCUCCUAAUGAGAAACAUUUCAUGACCGCACCUCUGAACUUGAAAAGUAAAUGCCUUGCAUCAAAACUGGCCUUUGGCUGUUUUAAGCCUAAACUUCCCCAAAGGAACAGACCCCUACAGAAUACCUCAAAUUGUAUGGCUGAUGAGAAACCCUUGAAAACGACGAACAUGGAGGUAAAUGAUGAACUAUACGGCAGCACAUUGGUUGAUAAAAUUUACGAUGAAGUCAUUCCAAAUAUAAGUGAUGAGGAGUUGUCAGAAACUCUGGACACAAAAUCUUUACAAGGGAUCGAUGACAUAAGCUCUGAAGACCAGUUUAACAGGAGUGUUCUGAGGGAUUUCAUCUACGAAGAACCAGUUCUCAAUGUGUCACAAGGCCAGAAGAGGCCCUUACCAGAAAACGACCACAAAGACGCUGCUGAUGACGAAAAGAGGAGGAAAUCGUCAACUGACAACCUCCAGGAACUGGGAACAAUCUUACAGGAGGAUCAUUCUGGUCCGGAAUCCCAUUCACAUGUUGUUCAAUGGGACAGUAAAGGUACAACUGCAGCGGUUCCUUUACAUGGUGCCGAUGGCAGCAACUCAACCAACAUCCGACAUGAGGCAACGUUUGAGUCAACCUACAGACAUAGCCAAUUUGAGUCCCAGCUUGAGGACACUGGGGGCUACACAAAUGACGUGAGAAAGAAACUUGAAGAUGGCAGUAUUACAGUGAAAGAGUAUCUUAAACUCUUCAGCAUUGACUUUGUCAUUGAUAAACCUCGACAGAGUAUUCUCCCUGCCAAAGUCCUGUGUGAUCUGGAUUGCAAAACCGAAGACAUGUUAAUUGAGAUGCACAUCAACCGUCCUAAACAGAGGGUGUAUGAGACGGAUUGCCAGAAACUCACAAAAAUGGUGGAGGGACUGAAAGCCAGAAUGAGAGAACGGGACAACCUUCUGAAAACUGUCAACGGACCACUGUGGGAAGCGACAAAGGGCUUUUCAGAGAAAGAAUUUCAGUGUUUUGGUGCCAAGUUGAAAGAGAGAAGGAACUUCUACCGAAAGAGAAGCAAAGUUCAAUCACACGAAAUGAAGGCGGUCUUGUACACUAACCUUGUGAAAGCAUGUCAGGAGUCACAACAAAACUUGAGGGGAAAGAUUGAACAGACGGAUGGCAUGCUUAAUGACCUUGACGAGUGUAUUCACGUCAUAGAAGCUGAACUUGCUGCAGUGGAGGGUGAAGGGGCAGGUGACAGGGAACCAACUUUGAAAUCAAGACAGCAAGAUUUGGAGAAUGUCAACAAGAAGGUGGCUGAUAAUGAAAGACAAAUGUGUGAACUCGAGAUGCAGAAAAAUCACUCGAUUGAAAGAGUGGACAGGCUUCAAACUGAGACCCACAAACUUGGGAAUGCCAUUGCCAUGCUGGAUAGGUUGAAUGAAUGGAAGUUAGGGGAACAAGAUGAAAACAGAACCGUCUACACCUUUCUCCAUGAGUCUUUACAUCUGGAAGUGUUAAUGGAAAAACCUAACGGAAGAGAUGAUGUCCAGGUAGAGACUGAGCGCAACAUCAAGGAUGUCACAUUCCAACUCCACCUGGAUGAUCAAAAGUCACAGUGCCAGGCUCGCCUUGUUCACAGACUGCUAUCCCAAUAUCUGGGUGAUGAAACCGCUUGGGUCAAGAAGUAUCCAACCAGUAGAUACGUCUCAAAGCUCUUGCAUGAUGUGGGCUUGGUGGUGAGUCGCUGUCGUCUACUAGGAGAGGAGGUGCACCGGCUGAAGAUGUGGGGUGCUCUCAGGCUGGACAUACUGGACAUCAGCUGCGUGGACACACAAAUCCGCAUCCUGUUCUCCAGCCUUAAGGCGGGUGCCAAGUUUGAGAUCACUAUCGGUGUCACCUCUGCCUACCCCUACUGUCUCCUCCAAGUGCAGAAUUUCCAAAAUCGUAUUGGAAACGCAACGAUACACCAGCUGGAGGAAAUAGUAUUUUCCGUAACACCGUCCAAAGAUUACUUGACCAAGAUCGUCAAGAAUAUUCAUGGCGCUCUCCUUUGCUGAGACAAGCUUGUGUAAAUGGACUGUCUUUGUGCUACAUGUACAAUAAGUUAAUCUAGAGUGUUUACAUUUAGUGUUUUUCAUAUCACAUUAUGUAUGACUUAUUUUGUAAUUUGUAUGGAAUUGUGUAAAUGUUAAUUGAUGUGUAGAUGUAUCUUUUCCUACAUGUGUUGGGGCAAAACCUUUUAAGAGGGUGCCUGCAUUGCUUGAAGAUACCAGUUUUUGUUUAUGUAACAAAAGAAGAAAAAAAAAUAACUUUCAAAUAUCUAUCAAAACGUAUGUUUUCUAUAAUGUUAUUUCUACAUUUGAAGCUCUGUUCUGUUAUAGAAGAAACAAACUAAACAUUUAGCUUCACUAGCAUUAGAAGUUGGGUCAUGUAUAGCUGAGGUACUGAAUAUUGUAACACUUAACUGUACAUUGACAAUUGUUUUACAAAUUACAUUUGGCUAUCCAUAAAUAGAAAAGUUGCAUUGUUUUUACAAGUUGUCAUUUCAUCCUUACUAUAGACCUCCCAUGAUUGUUUUGGUAGGCAAAGAAAAAACUAAAUUCACUGUACAGGGAUAAAACUGAAUAAAGUAGACUUACCAUGCUGUUAAGGUAAUCCUUUUAUAGCUUUUUUUCUGGA